GUUUUCGGGUCGAACAAGAAAGGUAAUGACACGUGGUUACGCGUCUUUUGUUUCCUUCGGUGCCUUGCCAAAAGUUUACCAAGUGGCUCACGACUAUAAAACAAACUCACACAUCCAGCAUAACGCAUAUCUAACAAGCCCCAUUGAUCACCGUUCUGAACAGCGAGGAUCUUACAAUUUAGAGUAAUGUCCACAUUUGAUAGUCUUAUUCAAGACUUGACUCGCGACGUAUGUCGGGUGCAACCUAAAGACGCCCUCCAAUUCUGCGCUAGUUGGUUUCAGUCUCGGCUGGAAGAACAGCGGACCCGAAUACGAGACGUCCUGCACCAGCGUGGUCUCUCCACAGUCCAUGAACUACCAUCCGAGUUCUAUCUCGACUCUCCUGUUAAUAUGGGCCCUCGUAACUCCACCCCCACCCCCAUUUCUCCAUUCUCUCAGGUCCCCCAGCGUCGCGCAUCGCAUCAUGCAAGUUUCUCGCACAGUCCGUUUGGGACGCUUAAUGUGCCAGGAAAUGCACUUCUAUCCUUAGACACCAACGGGGCUUCCAAUGGCAUGGUUGCCCCGACAUUCACCCUCGAUGGACGUGAACUGCCCCCAACCUCGCCAUUGACAGCUGAUCCUAACGCAUUCACACGGUAUGAUGUGUCUUCAACGCCAACCAUGUCUAAUUCACUCUCUCUUGGCCUUGGAGAUUAUCUCCAUGCACCAUCGGCCACCAUACUGGCACGCCGUGUGUCAGUCAGUGCUGAGCCUAUCGCGGUUGACAGCGAUCAUGACGAUCCACUUCCCGUAUACCCCAAGACAGCCGACCAACUUCGCCGCAUAAAAGCAUCCACUGCAGAUAAUUUGGUUUUCCGUGAUCUCGACGAGGAGCAGGAGACGGGCGUGUUAAAUGCAAUGCAAGAGCGCAAGCUCGCCGCAAAUGAUGUGGUUAUACUGCAGGGAGAUGUAGGAGAAUACUUCUACGUCGUCGAAUCGGGACUUUUCUAUUGCUACAUCCAUCCUGGACCGCUACCGCCGACUUGGCUAGCAGAUACGCAAAAUCAUGCCUCGCAGCCCGAAAAAUUCCUCCAACCAGGAUAUCAUCCCGUCUUUGGUCGGAAAGUUUCAGAGUGCAAGCCUGGAGCUUCUUUCGGCGAGCUUGCGUUGAUGUAUGGACAUCCGCGUGCGGCAACCGUGCAGGCAAUUGAGCCUUCCACUGUCUGGGCUCUUGACCGUACCACUUUCCGCACAAUCAUUUUGAAAGCGGCUCACAGGCGCAGGACGAUGUAUGAGCAGUUCCUCGCUAGUGUCCCCCUGUUGUCCUCCCUUGAGUCGGGAGAGCGUAGCAAAAUAGCAGACGCCCUGGUCAGCAGAGUACACCCCGAUGGAGAAGCGGUUCUUCGGGAAGGAGAGAUGGGAGAUACUUUCUUUUUCGUAGAAGAAGGCGAGGCCAUUGUUACUAAGACACAACGAGGAGAAGAGGGUGAGUACCGCGAGAUUACAGUGGGUCGGCUGAAAAAGGGUGACUAUUUUGGCGAGCUAUCUUUACUUAGACUUGAGCCUAGAGCGGCAACAGUGAGUGCGGUGCGUCGGACAGACGCGUCGCAGCCGAAGUUAAAGGUUGCAGCGUUGGACGCGCCUGCAUUCACACGAUUGCUUGGACCUCUUCGGGAGAUAAUGGAGAGAAAGGCUGGGGAAAGUUAUGGUCUUUCGUCCAGAUUAACUCAUUGAUAAGAGGACUUUUGGUGUAUCCUUUCUUGAGUUCAUAUACCCUUCGUGUCUUGUGAAGUUAUUAUUGUAUUCUCAACUAUGAUUAUUGUUGUCAGGCGCCCUUAUAAGCGUUGUCUUUUUAUUAACACGUUCUCGAGUCCAGUAUCAUGGUUUUCCCGUCUCAUAGACCCACGUCGACACUAUUGUUUCUAUUGAGUUGUGAUGCCAACGAAUGGUCCAGGAUUGCAAAAAGUGAUUAACCGUUGAAAUUUUGAAAU